GGUCGAUGUCGCAGGCAGAAAGGACAGUGCUUAUUUUGGGGGCUCCAUUUGCAGGAUAUCCGCUCAUUUUCGGAGGCCGUUUCCGCUGCUGCUUUUGCCAGAGAGCAAUGUGGCACAACUUCCCCAAGUCUCCUUGUGGAUAUACUACAGUGUCGCCGCUUCCAAAGUCCGAUUUCGACCGGUAGUCUCUAGGGCAGUUCCUUUCUGUGGAAUCAUUCCACUUGGUAGUUCUGAUCGUGGAUUACUUCAGAAUAAUCUGGGGGCGUCUCACGUUCUCCCGAAGGGCCUGAGGCUUCCUCUCCCUCCGAUAUCUUGCGGGAGUUUCCUAUGUAGUCUUGGCUGUGUAAGUCCUCGAAAACGCCCUAAAAUAAGUGACUGUGGAGCAAACGAACCACCUGAUAAGUGAAAAUGAAUGUAGUGACUGCAACUCUCAAAGGUGUACUUCCUUGUGUGUAUGUUCUCUACACCAGUGGAAAAAUGUCUUGCAACAAAAAUCAGAAAGUGGUUCGAUGAAGAAAAUGCGUCAGUCAAAGAACCACUCGAUGAACACCUAUGGGAACCUAAGAAGUCUAGAAAGUAUAAAGGGUAAACCCAAAAAAAGUGAAGUAAAGUUUCAGUGAAGACUUUGAGAGACUGUGCUGAAGCGUUUGGUGGUGUUUCUGUGUCUGAGCUUUUAAAAGGACCUGUCCAGAAGAAGAGCUUUUACAGGAACCUGUCUAGAAUUUCUGCAUCCCUGUUGUCUCUUGAAGUGUUCUGCAAAAUGGCUUCCUCAGCACCUGCUAUUUCUUCGAAUGACUCGAGAAAUAUGAGACUGAGAAUGUUUGUGAAGAAGUAUGGAAAGAAGGUCGUUCACCUCAUAUAUACCUUCCACUUUCUCCACGGACAACACAAGAACAUCCGAGAGAUUCUCACCGACAACCAAGUUCCAUUUCAAGGGAGGAGAUGUCCCUUCAACGACCAGGACGUCAGAAAUCUCACAGAGAAGCUUCCGGAAGAUCUGGACAUCACAUUGAUGAACAAAGUCUGCCUGGUUCUUUGGCAAAGGGGGGUGAAUGACCCUGGGGAUGAAUUAAAAGGGUUAUUAAAAAAGAUCAAAGAUGUGAACAACUUUGUUAGCCACGAAGAUCCUUAUAUGUCAGAACCAGAAUUGGAAAGUAAACUCAGAGACUUUUUAGCAACACUCAAGGAAACCCUUUAUAAAAUCAAGUCUCUCUUUCCAUCUCACGGUUCUGACACUGACCAGCUUAGAGAAGAGAUCCAAGAUGCUGUCCCAAAGCUCCUAGAAAAGGUCCGUGAGAAAUAUGAUCCCUCAAACCCCCAGGAUGUGCAAAGGCUUAAAGAGGAAAUAGGAGAGUUUAGGAGUGAGACCUAUGAGUUGAUACAAGAAUCAUCUGUAGCAGAACUCCGGUCUCUUAAUGAACGCCUCUGUCAGAGUUUGCCCUACGACUGGCUCACUCUGUAUGGUACUACAGAUCCAAGUAACAUUGUGGUCUCUUUACAAGUGGAAUAUGAUAAGGAGUUGAAUAGAAGUCACCAUGGUAAUAAAAGUAUCAUUGUAAAUCAAAAUGAAAUCUUCAACAUUAAAGACCGAAUGGGAAAAGACCCUGAAGUUGUGAUUAUAUCUGGCGAUGCAGGUUCUGGAAAGACCACAAUUCUUUGUUCCUAUGCAGAGGAAUGGUGCAAGAACACAAAUGAUGUGCCAGAACUCUCUUCCUUCACAUUUCUGCUCUGUAUGCAGUUCAGGAAUCAUGACCACGACAACUUUGAUGACUACCUUAAAAGCUCACUUCCAAACAAUGUUGCUAGCUUUCCCUUUGACCUUGUCAAAUUGGUAGUCCUGGGUUCAAAGUGUUUGGUCUUGUGUGAUGGCUAUAAUGAGGCCAAUGAGAAUUCAAGAAAACUCUUUCAAGAUUUUUUAAAACUGAAUUCAAAUAAGAUGAAGUUUGUUGUCACAACAUGUGCAGGGGAUACCGAGAGACUAGAAAAAAUUGUGAACAAUGGCCAACGUUCCAGAAUCAACCUCAAAGUUUCGGGUCUUCAGAAAGAGGAUAUGAAAAUGCUCGCAGAAAAGCUCAUUGGUCACCUGGUGAAAGAUAAUAUCACCCAACAGGAGCAAAUGAAAGAGGAGCUGCUUCAGAAAAUAGAAGAAAUGAAUGCUGAUACUAGAACCAUCCUGCAAACCCCACUGUAUUUCAACUUGUUCGUUCUCCUUUACAUUGAGUGUCCAGAUGAAAUGAGCACCAGGACAACAGUCUACUUACAGGUGAGAAGGCACAAGAUCAAGAGAAUCUCCCACAAGACAGAAAUCUCUGAGGAAUCGCUGGAGAAAUUUGAUGCACUGUACAGAAAAUGGUGUCUGAAACAUUACCUUGAGGAAAAAUAUGAAUAUUCCGUGGCAGAUGUGAGAAGCUUUGAAGAGGAGAUUAGGCAAACGUUACCUGAAGUACUUCAGAACUUUGAUGCCAUCAUGUCAUCCUAUUUCUCCAUAAAGAAAACAAAGAAGCAUCAGGCCAGUGUCAAUGUCUACUGCCACAGACACAGAAGUGAGCAGGAGUUUGCAGCUGCAGGCAGCAUCUGCGAUGACAUCGUCACAUCAAGUAAAAGGACACAAGGAGGAUACACUGUUUGGGAUGUCCUGCUUUCGGUAGGAUCCUGGGAUGGAAGUGAUCCAAGACAGUUAUUUAUGAGAUUCAGAGAAGUGAUUUUCUUCAUACCAGGAAUACUUUACAGCACUGAGAGAGAUGUGCUGUAUGAUACAAUAGAGGAGAUACAUGAACUCUAUGUAUUAUUCAGAGUCUUUGGUGAUGAUGAUGAUGAUGACGAUGAGGGACAUGAUGGAGUUUAUAGAGGACAUGAUGCUCUUUUGGACCCAUGUAUUGAAACCAGACUGGACGAUAAGGUUUUGGAAUCACUCGUGUCACAGAUGAGAAAAACUUCUCUGAAGGACCAAGUAACAUUCCAAGAACCCAAGAGCCUUUAUGUCCUACCGUCCUUGCUGCCUAAACUGAGGCCUAAAAGGAUUAAAUUGGACUUUUCAUCUUCAAUACCGCGAAGAAACAUCCCACAUCUCAUUCAGACUCUGAAGUCUGCUGCCAAUAACAACUUUGGCACAGCGGUUGAGCUUUUGAUGUAUCUAAGUGACUGGGCACAACUUCCAGGACAGGAAAAGGACGAGGAGGAGGAGAAGGAGGAGGAGGAGGACCAGGUUUUGCCUCCAGUAGAUAAAUUACGUAAGUAG